UGGGAUUGCUGCGCGCUCUAACACUCACACAUGGAGCUCUAACACAUCACAUGGAGAAGGAGGCGGGGGAUAGAAGGCCAGCUGGGUUCCACACACACAAACACGGGGAUCCUCUGGCUCCUCUGCACCCCGACAGCACGCGGGAGGGAAUGGGGGGCACGAGUGGGCGCUGCAAGUGCGAAUUGCGGGGGAAUCGGGUGUUUUUAAAGGACACGGGGGGAGAUUUGUCAGUUGCAAACAGACCCACGUGGUGUUGCUGCUCCGGCCAUGCUGCACAACUGGGAGCACAGGCACAACACUGGCACGGGCAGGAGGGCUGCAGCUCUCUCGUCUGCUACUAGUAGUAGUAUUCGUAUUAUUAGUAAUUGCAUUAGUAGUAAUAGUAGUGUUAGUGCUGCUGGGGAUGUCACUGCUGUCUGUACACACACACACACACCUCCUCCAGCUCAGCUGAUGUCCCAGCAUUUACAUGGCAAUGGGGCAGGUUGGCGCUAAUGACCUGGCAGUGCUAAUUGCAUUGAGGCUGGGAUAGGGGGGAUUAAUUAGCCAAUUAGCCCACCCCGAUGAUGACGUUGGGACUGAGUGUCUAUAACAAGGUCAAGUUGUUGUUGUUGUACAGUAUUUGUUUAUAGUGACACCUGCACUGCGCUCAUGUGCUAUUGUGCGCUCCAUCUAUAUAUUCCAUGCUGCCCACACGUGACCCUCCAUCUCUAGCCCCACUCGGUGCAGCUCGUACAAGGCAGUUCUCGUGCUCAGGUGUAACUUGCAGCCUGGCAUUACAGGCGCUGCUGGGAGAUGUAGUCUAAGAGCAAUAGCGGGGAAGGCACUGGGAUUUAAUGUGAAUAUAAAGUGAUUUACAUAGGGAAGCCCCUGCGCUCAGGCGUUGCUGCAGGUUAUGUGUCUGUGCAACACGCCCCCUCACUUGUCUGGCCUCGCUGCUCCCCUCCCUUGUUCUUGUUGUUACCCGUGGGGUUGGAUAGGAUACCCCGGCGCUGUGUAGGUGGAUUGGACCAAUGCACUUGAGGGGGGGUAAUUAUCCCCGAACCCCCUCCGGUGACCUUGUCGCCUGUCCCCAGCGAGACAGAGGCGCGUGUGUGGGAAAGAGAACAGCGCAGACAGGCCUGGCAGUGACUGUGCAGCCCGCCUGGAGUAGGAGUGUCUGUGCCCCGUGGCACGCCGGCCUUGCCAACAUUCCUUUAACCCCAGAAACACAACGAGAUCAAGAGCGGCGGAUUCGGCGAGAGAUUGCCAAUAGCAAUGAGCGACGCCGGAUGCAAAGUAUCAAUGCUGGCUUCCAGUCGCUGAAAACUCUUAUCCCACACACUGAUGGGGAAAAACUGAGCAAGGCUGCAAUCCUACAGCAGACGGCAGAAUAUAUAUUCUCUUUGGAGCAAGAGAAGACUAGGUUAUUACAGCAGAACACACAACUCAAGAGGUUUAUACAGGAGUUUAAUGGUUCCUCUCCCAAGAGGCGGAGGGCGGAAGAUAAAGAUGAAGGGAUCGGCUCUCCUGAUAUCUGGGAGGAAGAGAAAGCUGAUGACCUGCGGAGGGAAAUGAUUGAGCUCAGGCAGCAACUGGACAAAGAACGCUCUGUCCGGAUGAUGCUGGAAGAGCAGCAGGCACGGGCCCUGGAAGCUCACAUGUACCCUGAGAAGCUGAAGGCGAUAGCUCAACAAAUCCAGCAGCAGGAGGACGGGGGACAGACCCCGGGAGAGCAGCUCAAAAAUGUUGACGGGGAAGAGCAGCAUCUUCAUUCUCAGCUGUUGCCACCUCAUCUACCGCUGGCGCCCACUCACCACCCCACCGUUAUUGUUCCUGCCCCUCCUCUGCCUUCCCACCACGUCAACGUUGUGACUAUGGGACAUUCCUCUGUAAUCAGCUCUGUGUCUACAUCUCGACAAAAUCUGGACACAAUCGUGCAGGCAAUACAGCACAUUGAGGGCACACGGGAGAAGCAGCUGCAGGAAGAAGAGCUGAGGAGAGCGGUCAUCGUCAACGCACCUCGUCCUUGUGGCGAAUCGGACACUGCGUCAGACACAGAAUGUGAUGAGAGCGAUGCAGAGCAAAGCAAGGAUGAUGCAAUGGGGGACCCCUGACAUAUGCUGCCCCCCACCCUUAGGGGAAAGAUGAAAGACUGGGAGUAGUCGAAGGGGACACGGCUACCAGGAUACAAAAGGGGAUCAUCUUUGGCUGCCUUCCUCUUUUGAUAGUCACCUUCCUAAAACCAAUAGGGUCUUCACUGGUGCAGUAUGUAAUGCUGGCCUCAAAGAUACUGUAAUAAGGUUGAUGUCAAUGGAGCGAGGGAUAAAGCACUAAGGGAUUGCCCCUGCUCUGUUAGGACAAUGCCGCAAGGGAUUCUGGGAAGAAAGUACUCUUGAGAGCUUGCAGAUAUAUAUUAAGCAGCGGUUCCUUCAUUUAUUUUUUCCUCAUUUCUAAGGGGAAAAGUAUGUAGAAGAUUAGUUCAGCGACCUGUAGAGCCCCCACACAAUGAUGGAGAGAUUUGGUUAAAGUAGGCUCAUUCUCCGAUGCAAGGUGUUUAUAGAUCUCGUAUAGAUUUGGAACUUGCUCACGCAGCCUUAAAUUGCACUUUCAGCCCCUGCUAUUCCUUUCCCUGGGGAACAUGAUGGAAGAGAACUAAAUGUUAACACAAUGGUGGUGCCAAUACGUUGGGCAAAUCACCCAAAGUGCAUCUUCCGUAGAAAUCGCACUGGCCUGUGUUACUUCUAUAGUGCUGCCAUGUUGUAUCUGCACAAGUAUGGUGUUGGCCAACUGGCCGGUUUUUUUGCCAACAUUAAAAACGGCCCUUGCUGCUUCCCAUUGACUUUAAAGGACACUUUUUCGACCUAAUAAUUGUGUGUCAAGAGAUUUCCAUUAAAGUCAAAGGGGAAUGAAAGAGGUGGCUUGAGUUUGCUGAACAUUUAAAUUCAUAGAGGAACUGCUGCUUUUUAUGUUUCACAUUCGUACCCUUUGUUAACCCUUCACCAAUGGGACAGCAUAAACUUGUUGGUAAGUUCUCCUGGAGGAAUGUCUGUUCUGUUGAUCCUCCGGGAAUGCAUAAAACUACAACUCUCUGCUGUAGUUCAACCCCAUCUGGAAGGUCGUGGGUUGCCCAUAUCAGCCCUGCGAUUCAAAAUGGGGUUAACAGCUACACAUUACAAGCAAAUGUCUCUUCAUAGAAAAACAAGGCGUCUUAAACUCCCCGCCCCCUUUUUCUUUUAUAUUCGCAUUUCUGCCAUUUUCGGCAGACAUUUACUUAUCUCUUCCUUUAUACUGUAUGGCUUUUGUGACUUGUUGGGCAUAUGGAAGGGGGGAGAGCAUCGUAUACUCCUGGUCUUGCCUGUUGAGAUUUUAAGUUGCAGAGCUUACACCCGGUGUUAUAUACUGCAGUACUCUGCCGUAGUAAGGCAUCACCCCAAUUAUGCUGGGUUUUUUUUGUUCAAUUUUUUUAAUGUAGACAAAUGGGGCAUUUCUACUGUGGUGGUGCAAAGGUGCACAAUCUCACCCCUCUAUUCAUCGCAGGUGGAGUUGCCACAUAUUUAACACGGCCACGUAAAGAAUGGCUUUGUAAUCAGCACAAAUGCAUGCUGCAGACUGCACUUGUUUCUAAGCAGCCAUGCAACAUGCUGAAUUGAUUACAAGUAAGCCAUUGAAGGCAAGGGAAUUGUACAUGCGGACAGUGUUGAAAGGAUGAGAUGGCAGCUGUUCACUUUAGGCUGGAUUCUAAGCAUUCUCCUGCUCGAGCAAGGAUUGGAUAAACUGACUUAAGCUGCUUAAAUAAAACCUUGGCUCAAGGAGGAAAAACUAUAGACCCUGGCCUUUAGGCACAAGGUGAGCAGAAUUCAUGCCCAUGACACACACAGGCACACGCUGGGGUCGGGGUUUCAUUGGCAAAGUCUGCUUACCUUACGCUGUUAGCACUGAAGUUGUGAUUUCUGCCUUCCCAAAUCAUAAGCACUUAAAUCUCAUUGUAUCACGUUCUCUGUAUUUCUGGGGGAUUGUCCCUUCUGUAAUGAUUCUUUCGGCGUAUGAUUAGCUCAUUGGAGACUUUAUUUGCCGGCUGGUGGAUACGACUUCAGAUGAUCCUCUGCAAAUGAACAUAGUGCAACAUGGGAGCUUCUCGCAUGAAACGCUCGUCUACAAAUGUUACAUACGCCUUGUAUGUAUGCCUCUGCACCCCUCUGUUUUAACCUUGGCUGCCCAGACGUUGCUGGACUAGUUAAGAGUUGACGCAAGGGGAGGAAAUAGCGAUAUGUGAUCAUAUGCACAUGAUGGGUUUGCAUUUAGUAUAGAAAUUAAUGGCUUUUAAGUACAUAACCCCCCCCCAUUAGCAAUAAAGUAUUUUUCCUUGGGAAUAUUAUUUCAUCCCACAGCUAAAGGGAGAAUAUGUAUAUCCACAAA